GAGGAAGUGAACGCGAUUGACGUUUUUGUUUUCGAUUUGUGACCAAACCUGACAUGUGUGAACGGUUUGUUUAAAGCUGACACAGAAAUGAGUGACAUCCCUGUAAACCCUCUGGUUCUGCUCGGUGUCGGCUCCAGCUUCGCCUUCUCCGGCCUGUUUUAUCAUUUGUACCAGGAGAAGAAGGAAGAGUUAAAAAAGCUGAAGGAAAUACCCAUUUUCAAACCAGAUCUGCAUUUGGUUAAAGUCCUGAAAGCAUCUCCCCACCGGCGCCUCCAGUAUGUCGCUGUUGAAGGUCUGGUCCAGGCGGACGGGGAGCCUCUGGCCAGCCGGUUUGUCCCGCGAUCCUUCGGUGUGAUUCAGAAGAUAGCAGUGGAGGAACACUGGAAGUUUUGGAACUCUCUCACCAAGACGUGGAACUCCCGGACGAUGAACAGGAAAGAGACGAGCAACUCCGUGCCCUUCAGUCUGGUCAGCCCCGGAGCCUACAUCACUGACUUAUACGUGAAGGUGCAGAACCCUCUGGAGGCCUCGGGCUCCUACCUGGAGAGGGUUCACCACAAAGUACGACAGGCCGAGGAGGGACUGGUGAACACGGUGCUGCAAGGCGUGAGCGGAGAGAAACCCGUGGCGAUGGUGGAGAGCGAGGAGCUGCUGCGAGUAGGAAGCAUCCUGACCGGGUUUGGGGAGGUGGUGCUAGAGGGAGGCGAGGUGAUGAGGCUUCAGGCCCCGCAGGACGGCCGAUUGUACGUCCUGGUGCCCGGCAACCACCGGAGCUUCAUGGACCGACACGAGGCAACAGCCAGCAUGUGGAAGAAGCUGUCAGCUGUUACUGGCCUCACGGGAGCUGCUGUUGUCGCCGGUGUCAUUUACAACUUAGUGGGGAAACAGGACGACAGAUCCAGGUAGAGGCGGGAGGCGGAUCACGCAGGUUUAAAGCCAUUUCGGUGACCUAACACAGCCUCAGGAGAUUCUAUAGCACAGUCUUAAUGCCAACGUAAUUCAUUAACAUGUUUUGAUUUGCGUCUCACCAAAGUGCAUCUGAGUUUUUUUCACAAUGGACACGAGGAAGUGAAAACACAAAUUUACAAAUUAGAAAACACAUUAACGUUUAAGAACACAUUAAAAACAGAAAAGGCAAAGACACCGAUUUAAAAACAAAAUAACCAAAAAGACUUUUCUGAGAACACAUGAGCAAACGAGGCUCAAACAUGCCAUCAGAUUAGAAAAAACAAAUCAGGAACUAAAUCACUGACAAAUAUUCCAAACUGCUGCUUUCUGAAAUGUGAAAUCUUUCAGUGUAUUUUGUCCCUCUGGGCUGCUGUACUUGAACCUAAAACAUUUGUAACUGCUUGUCAGAAACUUCACGAGUGUUUCUCAUUACAGUCGGUCAGCUUAGUUUGAUAAAAACAAUCAAUUAGACGGUCUGAGUGCAGUCUGCUUCGAGAGGCUUUAAUUUCGAUUAAAUCCACACUGCUCCAACUUGAGAAUACAAAUCAGAUCAUGUAGCUUCUAUACAGUCACUAUAUAAUCCCUUCUUUCAAUCCGUGCGCCUUAAACAUCCUGAGAAGUGUGACUUUUCAUGCAGAAUGUUUGACACUAUGAAAAAAAAACAUUCAGGACUGCUUUAUCAAGGGAACAUGUUAUUUUUGUAAUGUGGUUGUAUAUUUUCUUAAUUGUGAAGUUUGGGGCGUGCUCACACCUCCCGCUGAGCUUUUAUUCUGAUAAUCUUAUCUUUUGCUGACUUUGACUGUGAAUCUGAUCGAGGAAAUGACAGAAAUGUUGUGUCUGUGAAUGUUUCCAGUUAUGACAUGGAUCAAUAUGUAUCUGAAAAGACUGUACACAAUCAUGUACCUUUGAAAGGUGGUGGUGUUAGAAUUAAUAAAAGCAGCAGUUUCACCUUCA